AUGUUUACUAAAUAUGUCAAUCAUCAUCGUACCAGAUCAUUUCUCACAAAUAGUAUAAGACACUAUUCCGAUUUCAGUCAUGUCAUAAUCGGUGGUGGGGUAGUAGGAACCGCUAUUGCAUCGGAAUUACAACAAGUACCUGGGAAUAAUGUUCUAUUAGUUGAAAAGAAUCAUGCUUUAGGAUUCGAAACUACUUCACGAAACUCAGAAGUUAUUCAUGCUGGAUUAUAUUAUCCUAAGGAUUCCCUUAAAUCAAAAUUAUGUAUCGCUGGUAAACAAAAAAUCUAUCAAGCUGGUAAUAAAGGUGAUUUCCCUGUCCCAUAUAAAAAUUGUGGGAAAUGGGUUGUAGCUCAAAAUGAUUCAGAAUUAGAAUAUCUUGAAAAAUUAUAUCAAACUUGUAAAUAUGAGUUAGAUAUCCCUGUAUCAAUGGUAUCAGCUUCAACUGCAGCUAAUAAAUUUCCAUUAAUUCAAGCUAAAGCAGGGGCUUUAGAAAGUCCAACUACAGGUAUCAUAUCAGCUCAUGAUUUAACUACUUAUUUUCAAAAUAACUUUGAAAUAAAUGAAGGUACCUUAUCAUUAAACACCACUUUAAAAGACAUUCAAUUCAAUCAAGCUAUACCUAAUUACACUUUAAAUCUAUUCGAUAAUGAAAAUGGAGAAUUUGAAAUUCAAUCUGAUAAUGUCAUAAAUGCAGCGGGACUUUAUGCCCCUCAAAUUUCAAAUUUAUUAUUACCUUCAUCAAGACAAUUAAAAUCUUAUUUCGCUAAGGGGAAUUAUUUCAGUUUUGAACCGACUGUACCUAUAAAUUCAUCAAAAAUCACUAAUGUUCUCAUUUAUCCAUGUCCUAAUCCGAAUGCUUCUUCAUUAGGUACUCAUUUAACCUUUGAUUUAGGAGGUCAAUUACGAUUUGGUCCUGAUUUAGAAUGGUUAGAGAUAGAUUCAGCUGAUCAAAUCGAUUAUACUCCUGAUGCAAAAAAUCUUCCAGCUGCAUUUGAAGCUAUUAAGACUUAUUUCCCAUCCAUUACUAUUGAUGCUUUACAUCCUACUUAUUCAGGGGUAAGACCUAAAAUAGUAUCUCUGUCAGAUAAUAAGAAAACAUUUGCUGAUUUCAUUAUUAGAGAAGAAGAGUAUUUCCCAGGUUUUGUUAAUUUAUUGGGUAUUGAAAGUCCAGGUUUGACGGCUUCUUGGGCUAUAGGUGAAUUUGUUAGAGAUAUAUAUCAUAAAUAG